AUGUUGCCAUUAUUGAAAUUUCUUGAACAGUUCGCAUACCUGACCAAGCACCGUCCCUCUCUCCAUCUUCGUCUCUGUUAUGUCGCCAUCAUCGACAAGGGGCUCUGUCACCGAGACUACUCGCCCAUCGAAUUUGACACUGCCCUUGAGACCUUGGAGUCAACUGGUUUCGAGCCACCUCAAAUCCCCCAGAUCGUCGGGUACCUAUCUGCUUCUCCAAGAAAAGUGAUUGUUGCCGACAACACGAGGUCACAAGCCAUUGCCUCAGCCUAUCCGCUGUUCCUGAGGAACAUAUUUUCUGCUGCUGAUUCCGCGGGUUCGUUUGUCUACCAUGAAUCUUCAGUUGGAGCCGGAAUGCCCAUCAUCUCGACGCUGCACGACUUAAUUCAAACUGGCGAUCGAGUUACCCGCAUUGAAGGAGUAUUUAGCGGCACACUGUCCUACCUGUUCAACUCCUUCGCACCUCUCAAAGGAGAGGGUGGAAAAUGGUCAACCGAGAUCAAAAAGGCCAAGGAACUUGGGUAUACAGAGCCGGAUCCUCGCGAUGACUUGAAUGGUAUGGAUGUGGCUCGGAAGCUCACGAUCCUCGGCCGGUUAGCCGGCUUGCCUAUUGAAUCAACCACCUCAUUCCCAGUACAGAGCCUAAUACCUGCAGAAUUACAAAAUGUCGCCAGCAGUGCCGAGUUUCUCGACAGACAUCCAGAGUUCGAUAGCCGCAUGGACGAAGAAAGAAGUGCAGCGAGCAAAGAGAAUAAAGUAGUUCGCUUUGUGGGAAGUGUUGACCUGACUACUAAGCAGGUCAGCGUAGGCUUAAAAUGGUUCGAUCGAUCGCAUCCUAUCGCUGGUUUGAAAGGAAGCGAUAAUGUUAUCAGUUUUUAUACAAAACAUUACGGAGCUCUGCCUCUUACCAUCCAAGGUGCAGGGGCUGGCGGAGACGUUGCUGCAAUGGGUGUCACGGGCGAUCUUCUGAAGAUUGUAUCUCAAUUCUGA